AUGCAUGCGAAGCACCACAGCUGUGAAUCAAUGCAUAUGGAGAUGGUUCCUGUUCUCAUUGUAACCUUGGCUGUUGCCCAGAUUGUGCUUGUUCAGCGGAAGCAAAAACAUUGUCGAUCGUACAAAUUAGUCACACUGCUGCAGAUGUGGGUUGUACCUCUUUAUUUCACCAUCAGACUUUACUGGUGGAGAUCCCUGUGCAUGUGAGGAAUGCUCUCAGUUAUUACCAGUUACAUCACUUUCAGAGCAACCUGCAAGUCUCUGUCGGGAAGACCACCACGGCUGGUCUACAAAUGGUUCCUCCUGAUCUAUAAACUGAGUUAUACAAUUGUAAUUGUGGGUUAUCUAGCCAUAAUAUUUACCACGGUUGGAUUUAAUUUAUUCUUUAGAAUUGAAUCUGCUGACUCCAUGGAUUUUGGUGUGAUGCUGCUUUUUUAAAGACUGUACUAUGGAAUGAUGGGAAGAGACUUUGCAGAGACUUGUUCUGACUACGUGGCUUCCACCGUUGGGUUUUACAACAUCAGUGGCAUACCAACAAGAAAUUUGUCCAAUGACAUCUGUGCAGUCUGCAGGCAGAAAAUUUUUGUGGCUCUAAAUGAAGAAGGGAUCAUUGAAAAUACCUACCAGCUGUCCUGUAAUCAUGUGUUUCAUGAAUUCUGCAUCUGUGAUUGGUGCAUUGCUGGCAAGAACCAGACUUGUCCAUACUGCCCUGAGAAAGUUGAUUUGAAGAGGAUUUUUCUUAACAACAGAUUAGGUGGGAAUGCACACAUAUUGUAUGGACAGCUUUUGGACUGGCUCUGCUAUCCAGUGGUUUGGCAACCAGUUGCUAUAGGCGUUGUCCAAGGCAUUAAUUUAUCAUUGGGUCUAGAAUAG